AUGGACUGGAGGAUGUCUCUGACGUACUCGUCGAUCACGAAUGUCCCACAAGUGUUCAAUUGGAUUAAGGUCGGGGCUUCUUCGCUGUGGUUAAUCCUCCUUCUCUCACUGCUGACAACAGCCCGAGCUUACCGACAUUUCCAAGACGAAAUACCUAACGGCGACGAGGUGUACCACCCCUGCAAGCCUAAUUUCAUCUGGCGAGGUGUCGGACACCGAAACGUCCUUGGCGGCGGCAAACUCAACCCAUUUGGAGAGGACUUUAAACAAGCCAAAAAGAAGUGGACGAAGGAACUGUGUCAGAAGGAUUCUGAUGGUGACGGACUGACGAACGGACAGGAACUUGGCGACCCUGAUUGUACAUGGCGCGUCGGACAGUUUCCCGCCAGAACUAAGAAUAUCACUCACCCAGGUGUGUGCGAUCCAUGGGGUGACGCCAAAUGUAAAACAAAGAAUAUCUGGGUUUCCUGUGAUGCAGGAGAAUUUAAAUGUGACGCCAUUAAAGAUCCAGGGGUUAAGAAUAUAACGCUGAGGUAUCCACCCACCAACGUGCCACCAGUCAUAACUACCUACAUGUGUAUGACCUUUGACCUGCCCCAGGAGGACGACUACCACAUCAUCGCCACCAUGCCCUUGAUCAACAACAGCAACGUCAUGCACCACAUCGUUCUGUACGGGUGCAGGGACGACGUGGUGACUUCCACCAAACCUAAUCGGUGCUAUAUGAGUCAGGCCGGUUGCCAAGAGAUUUUGGCGAUCUGGACGCUAGGCAUGACGGGAGAUUGUUUUUACAAAGACGCCGGUUUUCACAUUGGAAAAACUGGCACCAAGAAGGCAGCUCUUCAGUUUCACUGGACAAAUCCCGAGUUGGUAAAGGACUACGUUGACUCUUCCGGUCUGACUCUGUUUUACACCGCAAACCGCCGGAAGUAUGACGCUGGUGUGUUUGUGACGGGUAACACGUGGCUGGAGAUUCCGCCAGGUAAGGCGAGGGCGGCGGAAACAUCCACGUGUACCUCACAGUGCACCAACAGCAUCCUCAUGGGACCUGUCUACAUCACCAGUGCCUUAAACCAUAUGCAUUACCUAGGUUUUGAGCAGAAUGUCGAGCUGUACAGAGAUGGAAACAAGGUGACCGAUCUGGCAUACGACCCUGUUUACAGCUACGACACACCAAUCGUACACGUGUACCAUGACCCCAUUGAGAUUCGACCCGGAGACCACCUGAAGACGACGUGCGUGUUCCGCUCCCUGUCCAAGAAGCAGACGACAUACUACGGCGAAGGCUCUUAUGACGAGAUGUGCUACGGCAUCUUUCAGGUGUACCCGAGACAGAACAUCGCCGGCAGCUGCACGACGUGGCGCAACGUCUCCCUCUGCAACUUCCCCACCGUCUACAGCGAGUGCAUGGCCGACAAGGCAGACAUCAUCAACAUGUGCAACUUCGAGGACAACUUCAACGACUGUCUGGUGCGGGCGGUCUUCAAUCUGUCCAAUCCGGACAUGAAGGAGAUUCACAGAAAGGUGAUGGAAAACUGUAACUCCUACGGUUCGUGUCGGCCAGAAUGUCCGGCCGCGCUCGAUGAGGUCCGGAAACACCCGUGUCUCCAUGGCGACCUGAGUGAAUACAUUCUGUACCACAUGUCACAGUCACAGAACGUGGAGCUGGCUAAGUUCGCCCAUGCUGCGGCCUCCUGCGAUCGCCUACCGCCACCGCUGCCAGACAGACCCACCCCGAACAAUGGCGAUAACGUGGCCAUGUCACUUUGGGCAGCAAUAUGCUCUGCAGUGAUGGUUUUUCUGGCGAAAUAGUUUUGAUGUUCACACAAAGGAUAAAUAUAUUUUCUGAAUAACUGUUUUUCUUUUUUUUUUCCCCUUUUUUUUUUUUUUUUUUGAGUAUCAGAAAUGUUUAGUCCCUGGAGCGGCAUGGCAGUCCAUUCUAAAUUAUUGUUUAAAAAUGUUGUUACUCUUGUUUUCAACCAUAACUUGUCAUUCAUUUCAUUUCAACUUACU